AUGGCAAUGAUCGCCCGCCGCCUCGCCCUAGGAGCAGCGGCAGCCACGUCCUUAUUCAACGAGCGCGUGCAAGCGCUCAGCGCCGCUGCCAAAUCGAAGGCCGUGCCGCCCGUGGCCCCUCGCCGACCGAAGGACAUCCUCUUCGGCAAGGUCGCCGGCGAGGACCGCGGCCCGAACCCCAUGGACCCGCCCAUCGUCCGCCAGGACCCCUACUUUUGGUUAAGGGACGACACGCGCAAGGACAAGGACAUCCUCGCGCACCUCGACGCGGAGAACGCCUACUCCCAGGCGCAGACGGCGCAUCUGGAACAGUUCCGCGAGUCGCUCUAUCAGGAGAUGUUGUCUCACGUCAAAGAAGACGACGAUACGGUGCCGUACAAAGAUGGGGACUACAUGUACUGGUCGCGGACCGUCAAGGGGCUCUCGUACAGACAGUACCUCCGCAAGCGCGUCGGGACCGAAGAUGAAGUAAUAUACCUAGACGUCAAUGAGGUCAGCAAGACCUUACCCAAUCCAAAACAGUGCGUCGUGAACCAGGUCGAGGCGUCGCCGGACGGGAGCAAGAUCGCCUACGCCGUCGACGGGACCGGAUAUGAGACUUACGACAUCGUCGUCAAGUACUUAGAUGGUUCGAAGCCGGACGAAACGAUCACGAAGACCAUGGGCGGCGUCGCGUGGAAGGAUGAAAAGACCUUUUAUUACGUGGUGGAGGACAAGAGCCACCGCCCUUAUCAAGUGUGGCGGCACGUUUUGGGCGAAGCCCAAGAUCAAGACCAGCUCGUCUAUGAGGAGCUCGACGAUCUGUACAACGUUGCGUGUUGGCGAUCUUUAGAUGGGUCGCUGAUCUUCAUCGAGGCCGAGUCCAAGGAAACGACGGAAUUGAGAUUCAUCCCACAAAGCGGGACGGAGCCGGUCUUAGUGAGAAAGCGCGAGCCGGGCGUGCGCUACGACGCCGCUUCUCAUGCACCCUCGUCUUCGCUGAUCCUCACGUCGAACAUCGGCGGCCUGCGCAACCGUGCUUUAUUUACGGCACCCGUUUCGGCACCGGCGGACUGGACGCCGCUCAUGGAUUCUGAAGGCGCCGCCGUGCUGCCCCACGACGAGGGCCGGUCGCUGGACAACCCGCGCGCUUUUAAGGACUUCGUCGUCGUUACUGGGAGGGAAGAUGGCUUCACGCAGAUCUGGGUCGCGCCGCUUACGGCGUCCGGCGACCAGGAGUGUUCCGCGCCCGUCGCGGCGCAGGCGCACCGAAUGCAGUUCGAGGCCGACGCGUUCACGGCUCGCUUAGGCGCCAACGCGGAGUUUGACCCCCAGCAACAGCUGCGCGUCACCUAUUCCUCGACCGUCGCGCCCGGCUCGACGAUGCAGUACGACAUCGCCACUAAGGGUUACGAGGUCCUCAAGGUCGCGCCCGUCCCCAACUACGACGCUACCUUGUAUGAUACGGAGCGCCUGGAAGUGCCGGCGCGCGACGGCGUGAAGAUCCCGGUGACGUUGUUUUGGCGCAAGGACCAGAAAAAGCCGAAGAUGCCCACGCACUUGUAUGGGUAUGGUUCUUAUGGGAUUUCCAUGGAUCCCUCCUUCUCCGCGUCGCGGCUAGCCUUAGUGGACCGCGGCAUCUGCUACGCCAUCGCCCAUAUCAGAGGAGGCGGCGAGAUGGGCCACCACCUGUGUGGAAAUCAACCAGUCUGUCGGGUGCCCCGACAAUCUUCACUAAGUCAUUUCUCGGCGAUGACGCGGCCGACCUGGCUCGGUCGAGCGGCGAGGAACCGGCAUCGCCACGCCAUCGAGCAGGCGUCGCGUCGACGUCGUGGAGGACGACGCGAUGAUUCAGCACGAACGCGACGUAAAAUUUUGAUUUCCACACAGGUCAUCACGAGUGGUACGAAAAACAAGGUAAAUAUCUGGCGAAGAAGAACACGUUCCAUGAUUUUGUGGACUGUGCGCGAUACCUCAAAGAGAAAGGCAUCAGUGGCGACAUGUCCUGCGAAGGCCGAAGCGCCGGUGGACUGUUAGUCGGCAACGCGGUCAACCUCGCCCCGGAGGCCUUCAACGCCUGCAUCGCCGGCGUCCCUUUCGUGGACUUGAUGACGACGAUGUGCGACCCGUCCAUACCACUAACGACGGAGGAGUGGGAGGAGUGGGGCAAUCCUAAUGAGGCGAAGUAUCACGACUACAUGCUCUCGUAUUCUCCGAUUGACAACGUGCAGGCGGGCGUGACGUACCCCCAGAUGUUGUUGGUGAGUGGCCUAAACGACCCGCGCGUCGCCUACUGGGAGCCGGCGAAGUGGGCUCAAGUAUUAAGGCACGAAAUCGCGAACGGCGACGAGACGCUCGUGAAGAUGGAUAUGAGCGCUGGUCACUUUAGUGCGGCGGACCGCUACCGCUACCUGCGCGAGCUGGCCUUCGACUACGCCUGGCUGCUGGACGUGUUCGGGAAGGCGGAGUAGUCGCCUCGCUUCGACGGCGUCGACCACACGACGCGUCGAUGGCGUGGAGGUGGACGCGAGCCAACGCGGCGGGCGCGCGAUGAGAGGAGUAGUGUG